CGGGCUUCCGGUUGGCGCAGGGGCUCGGGUUCCGGGUUUCCCGGUGGUCGCGAGGGGCCGGCGCUGCAGGGCCAUGGAGAAGCUGCGGCGGGUGCUGAGCGGCCAGGACGACGAGGAGCAGGGCCUGACCGCGCAGGUGCUGGACGCCUCGUCGCUUAGUUUUAACACCAGGUUGAAAUGGUUUGUCAUCUGCUUCGCAGCCGGCAUCUUCUUUUCCCUCCUUGGAACUGGAUUGCUGUGGCUUCCUGGUGGCAUAAAGCUCUUUGCCGUGUUUUACACCCUUGGGAAUCUUGCUGCCUUAGCCAGUACCUGCUUCUUAAUGGGACCCAUGAAGCAACUGAAGAAAAUGUUUGAAACAACAAGAUUGCUUGCAACAAUUGUUAUGCUCCUGUGCCUCGUAUUCACGCUGUGUGCUGCUCUCUGGUGGCAUAAGAAGGGGCUGGCCUUACUGUUCUGCAUAUUGCAGUUCUUGUCAAUGACCUGGUACAGUCUGUCGUACAUCCCAUAUGCAAGGGACGCAGUCAUCAAAUGCUGCUCUUCUCUCCUGAGCUGAGACUCCGGGCUGGGGGAGAGCACCAGUGCUGAGCCGCGGUGCCGUGAGGUUUGCCCGGUGGAGAGCACUCCAGGCCGUGACGGCCGCAGCCCGCCCGCCUGGCUUCCUGGUAAAACGACCUGUUUGAUUAAACUGUUAAGUGCCUGUAGCGUAGGUUCCUGUGUCUCAGUGUGCUCUUCCAGAGACGAGGAGGCGUGGUCAUUGAAGUCGUGACUUCUGCGGCUUCUGGGACGUGGACGUGGGACGUGUGCACCCGUGUGCCAGAACGUUGGCUUCCUCGGCUUUUUUAAAUGUCCACCUUUUUUUUAAACUUUAAAUGUGAACUUUUUACUUUGAAGCUAAAAAUUGCUUAUUAUGUGUAAUAGAAAGUAAUAUAUAAAUGUUUAUAUUUUGAAAUAAAUUUACCCUUGGAAAAUAGCAUUUUCUGGGUCAAAU